UAUUCUAAUCUCUCUGAUCGACACACACCCUAAAUCUUCUGUUCUGACAAUGCACGUGGCACCACCAAGUCCCUCCAAAUCACACGUGUCAUCCGCCCAACUCCUCCUUCCCACCAAACCACCGCCUUCUUCAACCUCAAUCACUCCGCAGAGCUCCCAGCCACCAGCAUCGACCAAGGGAAAACACACAAAAAAUGCACCGUAUAAAGCUUUGUAAAUACUUUCCAAAACCCAUUGCCUACAGCUACCAGACCGUCCACCAUCAAACCCAUCUCGAAAAUGUCGCCUCAAUGGCGUCGCUCCUAAAAUCUCGCUCGGUGAUCCGGUUCAGUGGCCCGGACACGGUCAAAUUCCUUCAGGGUCUGUUGACCAACGAUGUACGUAGAUUUAGUGAACCAUUGGGUGGGCAGAACUCCUCUCUGCCCACACCCAACUUGCCCUCUGUGUCUGCUUCUCCCAUCUAUGCUGCUUUGUUGACUCCUCAAGGUAGGUUUCUGUAUGAUUUGUUCUUAUAUAGACCCUCAAGACCCGAGGAGAAGCUUGACCGGACUGGCUCCGGACCCGGACCGGAUUCAGGUUUAUCUGGGUCUGUUGAAUUGUUCGCGGAUGUGGAUACUUCAGUUUUUGAUGAGUUAUUGGCGACUUUCAAGAGAUAUCGCCUGAGGUCCAAGGUUGAUAUUGAGAAUGUUGCAGAAGACUUCUCCUGCUGGCAGCGUUACGGUAAGAAUAUUUCUGAAAAGUCUUCAUUUGUCGAAGAACCAGAGGCCACAGCUGUUGGCUGGGGUGGUGGUGUUGAUCAUUCUGGUAUGGCCACUGCACGAGGUAAUAAUCAUGGAUGGCAGUGGUUUAAGGACCCCAGAUUGGAUUUUCUUGGUUACAGGGGAAUUUUUCCGUCUAAUACAACUCCACCUUUAGUUGAGUCUGACAAAGAAACAGAUGAACAUAACUUUCUCUUGUGGAGAUUGGAGCUAGGAAUUGCAGAAGGCUCCAGCGAAAUUCCAAAAGGUGAGGCGAUUCCACUUGAGUACAAUCUUGCAGGCCUAAAUGCAAUAAGCUUUGACAAAGGAUGCUAUGUGGGUCAAGAGCUUGUAGCUCGCACACACCACAGAGGGGUCAUUCGCAAACGUUUACUACCUUUAAGGUUUCUAGGUGGUAAUGGAAAAAAGGUGGAUCAAAAAGUUGCUCCUGGGUCAGAAGUGAUUGAAUCUGCAACAGGGAAGAAGGCGGGGACUGUGAUAACCGCAGUUGGCAGCCGUGGGCUGGGUUUGCUGAGGUUGGAGGAAGCCUUCAAAGGCUCAGGUUCAUUGAAGAGCAUACAAGGAGAAGAAGAUGUGAAGGUGGAGGCCAUUAGACCAGCAUGGUGGCCUGCUGAUUGGUUUCCAGAGUAUCAACAGCAUACCGUGGUUUUGUAGUGUUAUUUUUAGGAGAAAGGGCCCCCCAUCAAAUCAUUUGGUGCCUCGUGGUUCGCACCCUCCUUGCCAGAUGCCCUUAUUUGAAAAUUGUUUACACUCUUCUUAAUGAGAAACACUCCUCAAUGACUCUUAACACAAAAGAAUAAAAAGCUCCUCAACUAAGUUCGAUUU